UUCUUACAAGCUGAUCCGUACGUGCGACCAACAACCACGUGGUAUUUACAGUGCUUCAGUGAUUUUUUAUUAAUAAAAAAGUGUCUUUUGCGAGUGACCAGAACCUGAUCAAAGGAAAAAAAGUGUCAUGUGCUAAAUUCACUUUCCAACCCUGCAACAACUUUUUCGUCCACAUCGCAAAAUUCCCUCUUCUUUUUCCGCCGUGGACACCAGAACAACCGUCAACCUGGAGCCCACGUGCCAAAAACGACGGAAAUGUGAGGCUGACGGGAAGGAGGUGAAAGCAGAACUGACGGCGCAACGCAAUAUGUUCCCUAGCGCUCAAAUUAAAAUGAGAUUGCUGUCACCAAGCAGUUCGCCGGCAACGUCACCCACGAUGUCGAAUUCCUCUUCACCGACGCCACCCGCGCCAGUGGCGCCAACCUACAACCAAAAAAUGACAGGAAUCCCCUGUGUGGCUGCGGCUUCAAGAUACACGGCGCCGGUUCAUAUCGAUGUUGGUGGUACGAUAUACACCUCAUCUCUCGAGACUUUAACCAAGUACCCAGAGUCAAGAUUAGCAAAAUUAUUCAACGGUAGCAUUCCAAUCGUUCUGGAUUCCUUGAAGCAACACUACUUCAUCGAUAGGGACGGUGGUAUGUUUCGCCAUAUUCUCAACUUCAUGCGCAAUUCUCGUCUACUCAUACCUAACAAUUUCGCUGACCUGGACCUUCUUCUCGAAGAGGCGAGAUAUUUUGACAUUGCUCCAAUGUGCCGGCAGCUAGAGCAGAUGAAAAAGGAGCGCAUAAAAAACGGCGCGACAUCCUCGUCCCCAAGUCCGCCUCCGAGUUACGCCGGAGGCCGUGGAGGUGAUGGCGGAAUGAUUCCGCCGAACAGGGACCAAGAAAAAAGGACAGAAAGCUACGAGUGUGUAGCAUUGCACGUUAGCCCCGACCUUGGAGAACGUGUAAUGCUCUCAGGAGGACGAGCUCUUCUCGACGAAGUUUUUCCCGAGACAACCCAAGCCGUGAUAGACGCAAGAUCGGGUGUCGCCUGGCAUCAGCAGGAUGCGAGGCACGUCAUUCGAUUUCCCCUCAACGGUUACUGUAAAUUAAAUUCCGUGCAGGCCAUCACCAGGUUGCUAAAUGCCGGUUUUGGCGUCGUCGCCAGUAACGGUGGUGGAGUCGAUGGUCAACAAUUUUCAGAAUACUUAUUCGUUAGACAGGCUGCCAAUACUUGACAGAGCCCCUCGCCUCAUCGUAAACCUUCUUCGAGGACGAUCCGAAUACACCGUGACUCUGACCUCGAAUGAGAUUUUCAAAGACUGGCAUGAUCUUCGAAGAGUCACUUUCCUGAUGACCUCCGGGUCCUCAAGAAAUUCUCUUUAGCAGGCUCAAAUUAUAAUAUAUAAAUAUAAUGUAUAAAUUUCCCAGCAACGAGCUUUUGUACAUUUUUAUCUUGAAUAUGACCAGCUAUAUUGCCGUCAUUUUUAAUUCCGCCUUUCCAGUGCUUCCAAGAUUGGGAACUUUUUGAACUGCGCUUGCGUGACGGCGGUACAUUAUUUUUUCAUCUUCCAGGAAACGAAAAUCCAUUCGCUUAGUCGUUAUUUUUUUUUCACUAACGUAUAUGCCGCAAAAGCCUUUACAACAUCUAGAACUGAAAUAGCAAAAGGAAUCUGCUAGCCUUCCGCAUGAUAUGUUUUAAUCUUUCGAUAAAUUAUCAAUUUAAGAAAUCUUUUGAAAUAUGGCAGCUUAACCUAAGAAAAGUCGGUCUCAUUCAAAAUGGGGAAACCGAUUCAAUAUGACCUUGCUUGAAAUAGUCAUUGAAGUACAGGGCAGAUUCAAAACUUUUGAGAAAAUGCCCGAUUUACAUAAUUGCAAACCGAUUCAGUUUUAACUUUCUGAAUCUGCAAAUCACAGAUACGAAGUUCACAGAGUCGUUUUUUCAAUAUGUUCUUUUUUCCUGGACUGCCACUUCGAAAUUCUUUUUUUAGGAUUAAAAAAUUACUUUUGAUGCAUUUCCCAAUCAUCAUUUAUCAUAAAUAUUAAAUU